AUGCAUGCGAAGUGCGUGAUUGAGGAUAAUAAUGAGGUUGGGAUUCGACCAAAUAAGACAUUCCUUGCUUUGUCAAAUGAGGCUGAUGGCCACUCUAACUUGGGAUUCUCAGAGAAGGAUUUAAGAAAUUAUAUAACAGCAAGGCUCCGAACUAGCAACGUGAAUGCAGAUGUCAGGGAGAUGAUGAGCUACUUUAGGAGAAUGAAGGACAUCAAUCCGAACUUCUUUUACGCUGUGAAGUUGGACGAGGAGUGUAAAUUUAAGAGUGCAGUAUGGGUUGAUGUAAGGUGUAGGACGUCGUAUGAAUACUAUGGAGACGUCGUGUCAGUUGACAGCACGUACAGUACAAAUAGGCAUGGAUUACCGUUUGUCUCGUUUGUUGGGGUCAACCACCAUGGUAGGUCAACCCUCCUCUGUUGUGCUUUGUUGGGGAAUGAGAAACUCGAAAGUUAUGUGUGGGUUUUUAGCCAAUGGGUGAAGUGCAUGGGAAGUGCUCCACAGUGUAUCAUAACCGAUCAAUGUCGAUCCAUUUACCGUGCAAUCAAAAAUACUUUACCCGACACACGCCACCGAUGGUGCAUCUGGCAUAUUAUGAAUAAGUUACCUUCCAAGCUUGGGGGUUACCGCCGGUACGGAGCUUUGUAUGUUGACCUAAAUGACAUUGUGUGGAAUUCUCGGACCGAGGAGUCAUUUGAAGAUAACUGGGCUGAUUUUAUAGAUGAGUACAACUUACAUAACAAUACAUGGCUGUCAGAUCUUUAUGAUGACCGACGUAUGUGGGUCCCAAUAUACUUCAAGGGUGAAUUUUAG